UUCUNCUCUCUGUAUUUGGGAAUAACUAUUAACUACCUUUCAUUCUGUCUUCUUGGCUUUCCUUAAACUUCAUCUCCACUUCUGUGAAGAUUUCAGCUAACUGUUUUCCAACUCACUAGCCAAGAACACAUUUUCUUUCCCCUUUGACUCUGUUUUCUUCUUCUAUUGUUAAAUAUUUUCAAUGGAAGCUGCUUGUGUAGAGGAUUGUUGUGUCAAAGUGGCAGUUCAUAUUAGGCCGCUUAUUGGAGAUGAGAAGCUUCAAGGUUGCAAAGAUUGUGUCUUUCUAGUCCCUGGAAAGCCUCAGGUGCAAAUUGGCUCACACUCAUUUACUUUUGAUCAUGUUUAUGGGAGCAGUGGUUCACCCUCAGUUACAAUGUUUGAGGAGUGUGUGGCCCCUCUUGUUGACGGUUUAUUCCAAGGAUAUAAUGCCACUGUCCUUGCGUAUGGCCAGACAGGCUCUGGGAAAACAUACACCAUGGGUACUGGUUUCAAAGAUGGUGGCCAAACUGGACUCGUUCUGCAAGUUAUGAAUACUUUGUUUAACAAGAUUGAGACCUUGAAACAUCAGUCAGAAUUCCAGUUGCACGUAUCCUUCAUUGAGAUACAUAAAGAAGAAGUAAUAGAUUUGCUGGACCCUGAUUCUAUUAGCAAAUCAGAGACAAUAAAUGGGCACACAGGGAAAGUAGCCAGCCCAAGGAAACCACCAAUACAGAUCCGUGAAACAUCAAAUGGUGUUAUUACAUUGGUAGGAUCAACUGAGCGUAGUGUAAAAACACUAAAGGAAAUGGCUGAUUGCCUGGAGCAAGGAUCACUUAAUAGGGCCACCGGCAGUACAAACAUGAACAACCAGUCAAGUCGGUCUCAUGCCAUCUUCACCAUUACACUGGAGCAGAUGCGCCAGCUCAACCCGAUGGAUUCAAAUGAUGGCCAUAGCAGUGAGUGCAUGACUGAAGAAUAUCUUUGUGCCAAGUUGCAUUUGGUGGAUCUUGCUGGUUCAGAGCGAGUCAAAAGAACGGGAUCAGAUGGUCUCCGUUUUAAAGAAGGAGUUCACAUUAAUAAAGGCCUUCUUGCACUUGGAAAUGUUAUUAGUGCACUAGGCGAUGAGAAAAAGCAGAGAGAAGGUGCUCAUGUUCCAUAUCGAGAUAGUAAACUCACUCGGCUCCUGCAGGAUUCACUUGGCGGUAACAGUCGUACUUUCAUGAUAGGUAGGUCUCUAUAUGGACCCCGAUUGAGGAAGUUGAGACCUGUUGUUUGGGAGUCCUCAGUAGCAUGCAUUAGUCCUGCUGAUAUAAAUGCUGAAGAAACUCUGAACACUCUUAAAUAUGCAAAUCGUGCUCGGAAUAUUCAGAACAAGCCAGUAAUAAAUAGAGAUCCAAUGUCUAAUGAGAUGCUGAAGAUGCGCCACCAACUAGAGUAUUUGCAGGCAGAACUCUGUGCCCGUAGUGGAGGUGCUUUUUCUGAUGAAAUACAGGUGCUUAAGGAUAAGAUUGCAUGGCUUGAAGCUACUAAUGAAGAGCUAAAUAGAGAACUAAAUGAGUACCGCAGAAGAGGCUCUAGCACUGAGCAAUAUGAAACAGAAGUUAAAGUUAGUGGUGCCUUUCCAGUGAAAAGUGAAGGCCUUAAAAGAGGCUUGCAAAGCAUUGAUUCAUCUGGUUAUCCUGUGAAAGAAAAUGGUGAUCCAGGAGAUAUGGAAGAAGAAGCAGCAAAAGAGCGGGAACACACUCUCCUGCAAGACUCCUUAGACAAAGAAUUGAAUGAAUUAAAUAGGCGUUUAGAGCAGAAAGAGUCUGAGAUGAAACUUUAUGGAGGCUUUGACACCAUGGCUCUGAAGCAGCACUUUGGUAAGAAGAUUAUUGAACUUGAAGAGGAGAAAAGAGCUGUGCAGCAAGAAAGAGAUCGAUUAUUAGCUGAGGUUGAAAACCGUGCUGCUAAUUCUGAUGGACUGUCCCAGAAAUUGCAAGAUAUGCAUUCCCAAAAGCUAAAAUCACUUGAAGCACAGAUACAAGAUCUUAAGAAGAAACAAGAGAACCAGGUUCAGCUUUCAAAGCAAAAACAGGAGAGUGACGAAGCAGCAAAGCGCUUGCAAGAUGAAAUGCAAUCAAUCAAGGCGCAGAAGGCACAACUGCAGCAAAAAACUAAACAAGAGGCUGAACAAUAUCGUCUAUGGAAGGCAUCUCGGGAAAAAGAAUUGGUGCAGUUAAGGAAGGAGGGGAUGAGGAAUGAGUAUGAAAGGCAUAAAUUGGUUGCUCUGAAUCAGCGCCAAAAGAUGGUUCUCCAACGAAAGACAGAGGAGGCUGCAACGUCAACCAAGAGAUUGAAGGAGUUGCUAGAAGCACGUAAAUCUUCAGCUCGUGAAAACUCAGCGACUGGCAAAGAAAAUGGAACAAAUGGACAGAGUUAUGAGAAAUCAUUGCAACGUUGGCUUGAUCACGAGCUUGAGAUUAUGGUGAAUGUUCACGAGGUUCGGCAUGAGUAUGAAAAGCAAAGUCAAGUACGAGCUGCAUUGGAAGAAGAGCUAGCUAUUUUGAGACAAGUUAAUGAAUUUGCUUCAAAAGGACUGAUCUCUCCUAAGGGAAAAAAGGGUCUUUCUAGGGCAUGGUCAAUGUCACCUAAUGCAAGAAUGGCAAGAAUUGCUUCUCUUGGGAAUAUGCUUAGCAUUUCAUCCAACUCUCUAGUUGCCAUGUCUUCACAACUUUCGGAAGCAGAAGAACGAGACCGUGCCUUCAGCAACCGUGGACGUUGGAACCAGCUACGUUCAAUGGGGGAUGCGAAAAAUUUACUCCAAUAUAUGUUCAGUUCUCUUGCGGAUGCAAG